CUGGUUAUCUAAACAUUUAAUUUUUCUUUUAGAAUUAUUUGGAUAAAUCGGUAGUGCGGCAGUUUAUACAACUACGAGCAGAUUUUCGAUUUAUCAAGACCACAAACUAUCUCAAAGGCAUAAUGGAAUGAAUCCAAAACCCAACGAUGAUGUACACCAACAUUUAUUAUUAAUAAACACUGUAAUCAAAAUAUAGCAUAAGUAAAAAUAACUAAACAAAUGUUACUUCAAACAAGAGGAAACCAGUUUGGAAGCAAUAGUAGCCGUAAGUUUUUUUCAUUAUCUAUUUCAUUUUAUUAUCUUCCCUACUGACUGGAGUCGCUUUUUAUUCGCCAAAUGAAAUCAAUGAACUGCAUUGCUGAUUAGAAAAGAAUAAGAAGGAAAAAAACAAAACAAAACCGUAAAGCAAUCAAUCAAUUACUGUCAUUAAAAAUAGCUACCGAAGCAGGUGCAAAACUGUUGGCUAAUCAGCCCACUUUCGCCAGUUAUGUAUGGAGCGUUAUAUGUACAUUCUGCUGUGCUAAAAAGAAAUAUUUUAUUACAUACUACCAUUCCUAAUUUGUGUGCAUUAUUAGUAGUUUGUGAAAAGCCAAAGCUAAACGUAUUAUCAUAGACAUCGACGAAAGCAACGAAAGUAGUAAACAAUGCGUUUAAAGUUUUUUUACUUUAUACUAUUAUAUCUCUACGAGAUGAUAUCGAUCGCAUUAACGGCUGGACGUUCGCUCGGUCUACAAUCUGCGUCAAAAGCAAUUUACAGGAAAUUUUUAAGCUUGCAUACUCUGCCCUUUGAAGACUGCGGUUCUCAUUAUGAUCUACUAUACGUCAGCGUUUCCAGCUGUUCUACGAUCCCUUGCCCAAUGUCGCGUGGUUCGACGGUAACAGUAAAAGUGAUUUUUGAUGAUAACGAAGAGGAUGUAGCAUUUCUAAAACAUAAGGUACGUUGGAUCUUCAAUGCAGUCAAAACAGAUGCUGCUAUCACUCCAGAGUCUUGCGACGACAACGAUAAUUGUUUAAUUGACGAAAGCAAUGGAAAGUCUUAUAUUGCUGAAGUUUUCGUGAACAAUACUCUCCCCAAUAUACGUGGCACGAUGACUUGGAUGGCUGUAAACCAAAAUAAUCUUGAAGUAAUUUGCUUUAAAAUACCAGUUGUUAUUAUGUAAAUACCAAAUAAAUAAAUUCAAAAUUUGUGUAAUCUGAAAUAUAUGUACAUAUGUAUCGAUUUA